CGGCCCCUCCUCCGGGCUGUGCACCUGCGCGCCGGCUCAACGUCAGCAUCGCGCGCCGGACGUGGCGGCGCCCCGCGAAGAGAGUCGGCCGCCAUGACCUCCGCGCUGGAGAACUACAUCAACCGUACUGUUGCAGUAAUUACUUCUGAUGGGAGAAUGAUUGUGGGAACACUCAAAGGUUUUGAUCAGACCAUAAACUUGAUUUUGGAUGAAAGCCAUGAACGAGUGUUCAGUUCUUCACAGGGAGUUGAGCAAGUGGUGCUGGGCUUAUACAUUGUGAGAGGUGAUAACGUUGCUGUGAUUGGUGAAAUUGAUGAAGAGACAGAUUCUGCUCUUGACUUGGGGAAUAUUCGAGCAGAACCUUUAAACUCAGUUGUACACUGAAAAGAUAAAAAUGCACUGGGACUUUGUAAAUCUUUGGUUGUACAGACCUAUUUAGCAAUGUGGACAAUUUUUACAAAUUGUGUUUAAUUUGUUUAGUCACCAGUUUUGUACUAUGUUGUAGUUUUGCAUGUAAAUUAAAGUUUCUACAUUUUGCUAAA